AUGGCAUCGAAAUCGGUAGAAGCUACGCUGACCUACUUCGGAACAACGACGUUUCGGUUGGACAUCAAUGGUCUGACCAUAUUCCUCGAUACUUGGCUGGAGCGAUCGAAAGCCCACAAGAAAUACAUCAACAUCGACGAUGUGGAGAAAGCCGAUUACAUUUGCAUUUCUCAUGCCCAUUUUGAUCACCUGCCUGGAGCAGACAAACUCGCCAUCAGGACAGGUGCCCGAGUUAUUGGAAACCCGGAGACGAUUCGAAUCCUUCGUGAUGCCGGCGUACCGGAAGAUCAGCUGAUAUGUGUCGCUGGUGGAGAACGAGUUCCUCUGUUUUCGAAAGAAGUCUGGUCAAAGGCAGCCGAAGGCGAAGGUCUUGCACCUGGUCCGCGUUUUCCAGGCGCACCUCCACGCCCAGAUCCUGCUCUCGCAUCUGCGGCCGUCGACAUCUGGCCCUCGUUGCACUGCUUGAUCACUCCCGGUUCGCACAAAGAUGAAUUUGAUCUCACAGAUCCACAACCCAAGCCUGCCAAUGAAUGGAAGUCCACUCUCGACAUGAACUAUGCCAUGCGAUGGGGACUCCUCCGACUAGGCAAAAUUCUUCCGCCUGAAGCACAGCAGGACCCUGGCAUGAAGGCCAUGAUAGAGUAUUUCGAGGAUCCAGAGAACAAAUUCUCCCACUGCGAUGGUGGCCAGCUGAUGUACAACUUUCGCGCCGGUGGCCCGUCGCAUAAUGCGAAGGCGAUUCUCUGGAACGCACAUCUGGGGUGCUAUGAUGGAAUCAUGAAGACAGUGCGGCCAAAGCCGGAUGUUGCUAUUCUCGGAGCUGCUGGAGAAGUGAACUUGAAUGGUCGGCCUUACGAAGGCAGUGCGGCGGAUUUUCUUGUCGAAGAGUGUGAAUGGCUAGGAUAUCCAAAAACUGUCAUUUGGUGCUUGCACGACGAGAGUCCAAUACCACCAUAUCGAUCGAACACAUCUGGUGCGAAGGACUUGAUAGAGAGCAAGUCCAGGUGCCGAGUAUUGGAUAUGGAGCCAGCUCGAGGCUACGAGCUCUUCUGA